AUGGGCUCCGCACGGAAGUUCACCACCGGCCUUUCAUCCCAUAUUUCCGAGAGCCUGAACGGAAUGGCCCCAGAAUAUCCUCAGCUGGACUGUUUCCUCAGCCAGAAUUAUGGUGGCAGGAAUUUGAUACCACAGAACCCAAGCCAUCUCACCAUCUUGAAGACACAUCAAGGACGCACCUCAUUCACUCAAAAGCAGCACAAAGGGCUGGAGGCUCUGUUUAGUAGGACCAUGUUCCCAGACACGAACCUUCGGAAAGAGCUGGCUGUGAGACUCAACCUACAGGAGAAAACUAUAAAGGUCUGGUUCAGGAACAGGCGAUUCAAAUUGAGAAAGCAGCAGAAGCAGCAAGAACAGUCACUACAGCAGUCCAGCCAAGUCCUUCAAGCCAAGAAGAAUGCGCCCUCCUCACUCAGAAUGUCGACUAACCCUGACUUUUUCCCCCCUGUGGUUUUAAAUUUCAAUAGCUCCCUUCCAUGUCCGCCCACAAGCCCUUCUGACUGUUCAGAUGACUUUAUCUUUGCAGAAAGCCCCGAGAUUGAUUUCCACAUACAUGAUCCUCCAUUGGAGAGGCUGGAGUCCUCCGUCCCUGUUCUAUUUCCUGACAGCUAUGACAUAACCCAAGUUAUAGAACUAUACAGUUUUCCUGAUGAGUGGGAGGCCUCUAGGUGUUCCUUCAGCUGUCUGUAUCAGUAUCUUCCACCUGCAAGGUCCCAGAUUGAAGGACAGGGUAUCUCUCUCAGCAUCUGUGAUGGACCAGCUGUUGGUCCAGCUCCUGGGCAAACCUGCAUACCCAGUAUGAUGAGCCAAGGCUCUUCUGCUUGA